AUGGAUGGCUCCCUGGAGCCUUCAGGAAGACAAUAUGAGGAUUGGUUUGGCCUGGGAGCAACUGGAUCGUAUGCUCUUCUCUUUUCGAUUCAGACAGAAAUCUCUAUUUCAGUGUUUAACAAUCAUUUCAGUUGCAAGGAAUUGAUUCUCAAAAUCACUUCAGGUUGCAAUCGCUUCUCAAAAUCAUUUCAGGUCCAUAAUCGGUUGCUCCACCACUGUGUUUCUCUUCUUAUAAAGCCAAUUUCAAGUCUUUUGUGCAAUGGGAAUCGUGUGCUGACGCCAAAAUACAAGAUUUAUUUCAUAAAGCUUGUGGUAAGAGAAUAUCUGAUAUAUUUGGUAAGAUUAGGAAAAAGGGGGGAAAACCGAAAUGGAUGGGUGAAAAGGGGGACAGUCCAUACCACGGGACGUAGAGCUCAUCGUGAUGUUGCUAUAGAAUUGGAGAAAAAGUUGAGCCGACCACCAAAUCUAGACGAGCUCUUCAUGGUCACCCACAAAAAGAAGAAUGGGCGGUGGGUUGGCCGCGAUGCAGAGAAUACACAUGAAGCCUAUUGGAAUGUCCUAAUUAUUAUAUUGUGUUGUACCGGAUGA